UUUUUUUUAACAGCUUUAUUGAUACAACUCAUCCCAGACAGUGUGAACGUCAGGAAAGCUAGAUAAAUGUAUCUUAACUUAGUACUGAGUUUUAUGCACCUUUUUCUUGCAGAAAAAGAACAGCAGGAAGCAAUCGAACAUAUCGAUGAAGUACAAAAUGAAAUAGACAGACUUAAUGAACAAGCCAGUGAGGAGAUUUUGAAAGUAGAACAGAAAUAUAACAAACUCCGCCAACCAUUUUUUCAGAAGAGGUCAGAAUUGAUCGCCAAAAUUCCAAAUUUUUGGGUAACAACAUUUGUCAACCAUCCACAAGUGUCGGCGCUGCUGGGAGAGGAAGACGAAGAGGCCCUGCACUACCUGACGAGGGUCGAGGUGACGGAAUUCGAAGACAUCAAGUCAGGGUACAGAAUAGACUUUUAUUUUGAUGAAAAUCCUUACUUCGAAAAUAAAGUUCUCUCCAAAGAAUUUCACCUGAAUGAGAGUGGUGAUCCGUCUUCGAAGUCCACUGAAAUCAAAUGGAAAUCUGGAAAGGACUUGACGAAACGUUCGAGUCAGACACAGAACAAGGCCAGCAGGAAGAGGCAGCACGAGGAGCCCGAGAGCUUCUUCACCUGGUUCACCGACCACUCGGACGCGGGCGCGGAUGAGCUGGGGGAGGUCAUCAAGGACGACAUCUGGCCCAACCCACUGCAGUACUACUUGGUCCCGGACAUGGACGACGAGGAGGGCGAGGGGGAGGAGGAAGACGACGACGAGGAGGAGGAGGAAGGGCUGGAGGACAUCGACGAGGAGGGCGACGAGGAGGAGGGCGACGAGGACGACGAGGAGGAGGAGGGCGAGGAGGGCGAGGAAGACGAGGGAGAGGAUGACUAAUGGAACACUGAUGGAUUCCAGCCUUUUUUAAUUUUCUCCAGUCCCUGGGAGCAAGUUGCAGUCUCUCUUUUUUUUUUUUCCUCUUGUGCUCAGUCGCCCUGUUUUGAGGUCUCUUUUCUCUCCUUUACACCAUGGUUCUCACCUUACUUAGGGGGGAUGUAUCUUGAGCAGAACACAGUGGGAAAAGAAUCUCUGCCCCUUUCUGUUCCAAAUUCAUUUUUAUCCCUUCCUGUCUCAAGAAAAACUUCAUGGAAUCAACACCACCGUGCUCUGUGGGAAAAAAGAAAAACCUUCUGCUCCCUUAGCCCUGCUGGGAGCCGGAGGGUGCUAGGCCCCUGUGUAGUAGUGCAUAGAAUUCUAGCUUCCCCUCCUUUCUCUGUAUAUUGGGCUCAGAGAUUACACUGUGUCUCUCUGUGAAUAUGGACAGUCAGCAUUUACCAACACGUACCUGUCUACUUUCUCUUGUUUAAAAAAAGAAAAAAAAAACUUAAAAAAAGGGGGGGUUAUAGAAGGUCAGCAAAGGGUGGGUUUGAGAUGUUUGGGUGGGUUAAGUGGGCAUUUUGACAACAUGGCUUCUCCUUUGGCAUGUUUAAUUGUGAUGUUUAACCGACAUCCUUGCAGUUUAAGAUGACACUUUUAAAAUAAAAUUCUCUCCUGACGAUGACUUGAGCCCUGCCACUCGAUGGAGAAUCAGCAGAACCCGUAGGAUCUUACUCGGAAUUGACACUCUAUAUUGUAAUUUUGUUCCUGUUUAUUUUUAAAUUUUCUUUUUGUUUCACUGGAAAGGAAAAGAUGCUCAGUUUUAAACGUUAAAAGUGUACAAGUUGCUUUGUUACAAUAAAACUAAAUGUGUACACAAAGAA